CCUCCCCUGAGAAGCAAACGCCCCGCUCCCCGGCCCCACAACUGAUACCCAAUCAAAGAAUCUCUUUCUCUCUCUAACUAUAUGUGACUCUCUCUCUCUCCUCUCUCUAUCUCUAUCUCUAUCUGAUUAUCUCUCUUUCUCUCUCUGACUCAGGUGAGGUACUUGACACUCUCUCUAGACAGUAUAACUCUCCCUCCCACCAAACACUAUAACUCUCUAGCUUUUGUAUCUCCACCCAUUUGCAGAAGUGCCUCUCCCUCUCUGCCAUCACAAAUCAGAGACCUAAAAACGAAUAAAAAGAAGACGAAGACAACAGCAGGAUCAGAGCCAGAGAUUAAAGCUGGAAACCAACAAUGAGGAGCCCUCAAUCAUCUGUUCCUGCGGCAGCAGCGGCAGGAAGGACGAGUGGUAGAAGCAGCAGAGGGAGUGGGGGACCGACGCCGUGCUGCAGUAAGGUGGGUCUGAAGCUAGGGCCAUGGACCCCGGAGGAGGACGAGGUGCUGGCUGCUUACAUUGGUAGCGAGGGUGAGGGCCGCUGGCGGACUCUCCCAAAGCACGCCGGCCUCCUGCGAUGCGGAAAGAGCUGCCGACUGAGUUGGAUGAAUUAUCUUAGGCCUUGUGUAAAACGCGGCCGCAUUGGGGCCGACGAGGAAGACCUCAUCCUUCGACUCUAUCGCCUCCUUGGAAACCGGUGGUCCCUCAUCGCUGGUAGGAUCCCGGGACGCACUGAUAAUGAGAUCAAGAAUUACUGGAACACUCACCUCUCAAAGAAGCUCAUCUCUCAGGGCAUUGACCCAAGGACCCACAAACCGCUCUUGUCUUCUCCUCCUCCUGACCCUCUUCAGAUCCCUAAUAAUAAGGAUGUAAUCUCUCCCAUUAUUGAAAGCUCUCGAAUUCCACAAAACCCUAAUCCUUCCACCAGCUUUCCUCUUGAAAACCCUCUCCCUAACCCUAAUUCUGAGGGUUUGGAAGACGAGGAUGGGAGCGGAAAUGAUGUAGGGUUGCAGUACUCUUGUGAGGAAGAGUUUGGGCUCGAGACAACCCCCAUGAGGGCAAAGAAAGGGGUGAAAAUAGGAAACCCUAGGAUCAAUCUCGGGGGAGAGGAUGAAUAUUACUAAGACAUGUUCUCCUCGUUCCUCGAUUCUCUUAUUAAUGACGAUGACGACUUCUUUUUGCAAGAGCAGCACUAGCAUAUCGUUGCACCAGAGACGACGAGUGCAAGUGCACCCCAUUUCCCUUAUUGGGAUGGGGGUUUACUGCCAUCGUCGGCCAACAGUAACCAAGAGGGUCCUUCCAUGGACAAAUACUAAGCACUGUUUUCAUCUUCUCUUUGUAAGAAUCUUGCAUUACAGUGUUUGAUUUAUGUCUAUUAUAUCUCCAAAUAAGAAACAGUACUCAGUAGUGUCGAUAUUUAAAUAUCUUCCUACCCAAGCCCUCAAAUUUGUAUCCAGAGAGCCUCCGAGUAGAUUAGGAUUGUAUAUUAAGUGUGUUUUUUUUUGUUUGUUUGACAUGGUAUGCAUAAAAACUUUUAUAUUGUAUGAUUUGCAAGUGUUAAAAUAUGUUAUUUGAUGUAUUAUGAGACUACUUUUAUCUGAAUGUAAUGAGAAUGCUUUUGUAUUAUUGAGGUUUUUAAUGGUGCAUGUCUAAGAAUGCUUUUGUAUUGUUGAGGUUUUUAAUGGUGCAUGUCUAAGAUCUCCACAAAGAAUA